AGGUGGAAUGUUUGUUAAUGGCCGCCCGCUUCCGGAGGUGAUCCGGCAACGCAUUGUGGACAUGGCCCACCAGGGCGUCCGGCCCUGCGACAUCUCCCGGCAGCUCCGGGUCAGCCACGGCUGCGUCAGCAAGAUCCUGGGACGCUACUACGAGACAGGCAGCAUCAAGCCCGGUGUGAUCGGCGGCUCCAAGCCCAAGGUGGCCACCCCGAAGGUUGUGGAGAAGAUCGCAGAGUACAAGAGGCACAAUCCCACCAUGUUUGCCUGGGAAAUCCGAGACCGGCUGCUGGCGGAGGGAGUGUGUGACAGCGACACGGUGCCCAGUGUGAGCUCCAUUAACAGAAUAAUUCGGACAAAAGUCCAGCAGCCGUUUAAUCUUCCCCUGGACGGAAAAGGCCUGAGUCCUGGACAAACUCUGAUCCCCAGCUCAGCUGUCACCCCUCCAGAAUCUCCACAGUCAGACUCUUUGGGCUCCACCUAUUCCAUCAAUGGCCUGUUAGGAAUCCCCCAACCCACCACUGAUGGCAAAAGAAGUCACGAUGACAGUGAUCAGGAGAGCUGUCGGCACAGCGUGGACUCUCAGGGCAGCGGAGGAGUCCCAAGGAAACAGAUGAGACUGGAUCAUUUUUCGGCAGCCGCUCAACAUCUGGACUGCGGGUUUGACCGUCACCACUACCCACCGGACUCCUUCAGCUCCGCCUCCAGCAGCAAAGCAGAACAGACUUUGUACCCGCUGUCCCUCAUCAACGGUAGCCUAGACGAGGCUAAGACCAGCCUCUCGACAUCUGGCUCCGUUAUUGGACGGAAUUUGUCGGCACACCAGAGCUACACAGUUGUGACGGAGCCUCUACAGACCCUGCCGCUCUGUCUAAAACAGGAAAUGUCCCCAGAAGUGACCAGUACAAGCCCUUCCCCAAACAUGGCGGCGUCCAACCUGGCAUUUGUAGAAUUGCAGGCUCUGCAGAAACCCGUUUCUGUCAGCAGCAGCUGCAACAGCAACCACAGCUCCAACCAUUUUCCAAACACCCUCAACUCAUUCUCCCAUCACGCACCAGUGUAUGGGCAGUUCAGCAGUCAGUCCCUCAUCUCAGGGCGUGACAUGGUGAGCUCCACCCUGCCUGGGUACCCACCCCACAUCCCCUCACCUGCCCAAACUGGAUACUCAUCCUCUGCCAUCACGGGUAUGGUAGCAGCAGGUGCAGACUACUCGGGUCAGUCCUACAGCCAUUCGCCCUACACCUCCUACAGCGAAGCCUGGAGGUUCACCAACUCCAGCAUACUGGGCUCACCCUACUAUUACAGCUCAGCCUCCCGUACGGGGCCCCCAUCUGCAGCGGCCUACGAUCACCUUUAG